AUGGAUUUAUCUGGAGCUUAUGCGAAGCGCCUGGGGAGGUGGCGAGUUCGAAUGUGUGCUUGGCCAUGCCGUUUUAGCGUGAUCUGUGUAUUCCCCGUCCUUGUCACGGCGAUACUCUAUGUUAGGCAGAUGGCUGCGCGGAGUGCGCCUGGACGGUAUUUCACCGUCCAUGGGCAUUCAUGGUGGGGCCAAUUGGUGUGCGAGGUCCCCUUGCGUGAGGCGCGGCUGCGGCGCACAGGCGAGAUCAAGGAGUUGCGGGAGGAGCUCCGCAACCUGGAGAAGCACAAAAAGAAGGAUGCCGUGAAGAAGGUGAUUGCCGCGAUGACCGUGGGCAAGGACGUCUCCAUGCUGUUCCCGGACGUCGUGAACAACAUGCAGACGGAGGAUCUGGAGUUGAAGAAGUUGGUGUACCUCUACCUCAUUAACUACUCGAAGACACAGCCAGAUUUGGCGAUCAUGGCUGUGAACACUUUUGUCAAGGAUUCACAGGACAACAACCCUCUCAUAAGGGCUCUUGCUGUAAGGACGAUGGGAUGCAUUCGAGUCGACAAGAUAACUGAAUACCUAUGCGAUCCACUGCAAAGAUGUCUCAAGGAUGACGACCCCUACGUGCGCAAGACAGCUGCUAUUGCUGUUGCAAAGCUCCAUGACAUCAACCCAGAGCUUGUUGAGGACAGGGGCUUCCUUGACCAGCUGAGGGACAUGCUGCAAGACUCCAACCCAAUGGUGGUUGCCAAUGCUGUUGCUGCCCUGGCAGAAAUCCAGGAGCUGAGCGGAAAGGAGGUCCUCCAGGUCACGGACAGUACAGUCUUCAAGCUCCUUGCAGCUCUGAACGAAUGCACGGAAUGGGGCCAGGUGUUCAUACUCGACUCCAUGGCUUCGUAUGUGUCCAAGGACGCACAACAAGCUGAGAACAUUGUGCAGCGAGUUUUGCCCAGGCUGCAGCAUGCAAACGGAGCUGUGGUGUUGUCCGCGAUCAAGGUUAUCCUCCGGCAAAUGUCGUCUGUUACAGAUGAGAGCCUGCUGAAGCUGUGGCACAAAAAGAUGGCCCCUCCUCUUGUCACACUGUUGAGCACAGAGCCUGAGGUGCAGUAUGUUGCACUUAGGAACAUCAGCCUCAUUGUGCAGAAGAGGCCCGAAGUGUUGACCAACGAUGUAAAGGUCUUCUUCUGCAAGUACAAUGACCCUAUUUAUGUAAAGUUAGAAAAGCUGGAGAUAAUGAUCAAGCUUGUGACGCCAGAUAACAUUGACCAGGUCCUCCUUGAGUUCAAGGAAUAUGCCCAGGAGGUGGAUGUGGACUUUGUACGCAAGGCUGUCAGGGCGAUUGGCCGUUGUGCGAUCAGCCUGCAGGAGGCGUCAGAGCGCUGCAUCAAAGUCCUGCUGGAGCUGAUCCAGACAAAGGUCAACUACGUGGUGCAAGAGGCGAUUAUCGUGAUCAAGGACAUCUUCAGGAGGUACCCCAACAAGUACGAGUCCAUAAUUGCGACGUUGUGCGAGAAUCUUGACAGUCUGGACGAGCCAGAGGCCAAGGCAUCGAUGGUGUGGAUCAUCGGCGAGUAUGCAGAGCGCAUUGAUAAUGCGGAUGAGCUCCUGGAGACUUUCCUGGAGACAUUCCCUGAAGAAUCUGCAAUGGUCCAACUGCAGCUGCUAACAUCAACGGUCAAGUUGUUCUUGAAGAAGCCCACUGAAUCUGCGCAAAAGAUGAUAUCUCUUGUCCUGUCAGCUGCAACGUCAGAAGUGGACAAUCCAGACAUCAGGGACAGGGCAUUUGUCUACUGGAGGCUCCUCAGCACAGAUCCGGAGGCUGCAAAGGACAUCGUUCUGGCAGAGAAACCAGUCAUUUCCAAUGACACUGGCAGCCUGGAGCCUUUGCUGCUGGAAGAAUUGCUUGCUCAGAUGUCCACUCUUGCAUCUGUGUACCACAAGCCUGCUGGGACAUUCAUCAGCAAGACGCGAUUGGCAGUGCAAAAGGCAGAUGAGAUGGAGUCCACUCAUUUCGAAGAUGAGCUGACAACUGCGCCCGAAGGGCAGGAGCGCACACGAGAGCUCCCCGCAACUGCGAGUGCAGGAGCUCCGAUUCCUACUGCAGCCCCACAGGCAGACUUGUUGGGCGACUUGCUGGACAUGGGGGGGCCGGCACCCCCUCCUGCAGCACCUACAGCGGCACCAACAGCAGCUGCACCUGCACCAUCUCCAGUGGAUGAUGUGAUGGACCUUUUGAGUGGACUGGACAUGGGUGCCCCACCAGCAGCUGCUGCACCUGCAGCCGCUGUUCCUGUGGAUCCUUUUGGCAGCUUUGGGGCUGCUGCUCCCACGGCUGCAGUGAGCCAACCCCAGUCUGUCACACUACCAGUGGUGUUGACGCCUGACAGGGGGCAGGGCCUGACGAUUGGCGGCCAGCUCGCCAGGCAAGGCGGUCAGAUGGUGUACCUCAUGCAGUUUGGCAAUGCUGCUGGUGUCUCCAUAGAUGGCUUCAUGGUGCAGUUCAACACGAACUCCUUUGGCCUCCAACCUGCAAACCAGGUUGUCAACGUCGCAAGUGUGGCACCUGGCACAGUGGCGGCAGCAUCUGUACCACUGGCACAUGUGCCUGCAAAAAUUGCACCUGGUCAGGCUGCCAACACAUUGCAGAUCGCUGUGAAGACCAGCCAGCUGGGGGUGUUGUACAUCAGCGAUUCUGUGGAGCUGGAAGCGCUGUUCAUUGAGGGCGGAGAGAUUCCGCAGAAUGUUUUCUUGGACAGUUGGCGCACCCUGGCUGGGGAGAAUGAGCGGUCGGAGACAUUGCAGGUGGCAAUAACGGAUGUUGACGCAACUUUGGCGAAGCUCAAGGCUGCCAAUGUUUUUUGCAUGGCACACCGCCAGGUUCCAGGCAUGAACCAGGAGGCAAUGUACCUGACAUGCCAGGUGGAAGGAUUGGCCGCCCAGCUGCUGCUGGAGCUGCGGUUCUCUAGGGGUGCAAAAGGUGUCAGCUGCGCCUGCAAGAGCGAGAGGCCUGACCUCGCGCCUUUGCUGUUUGUGGCCAUGCAACACUUGCUGAGCUGA